CUCCAGUAAUCCGGCGUUCCUAGGUGUCGGGAUAUUUUACCUCUGUAGUCCGGAUAAAGGAAUGUUUUCAAUACGAAUCGAUUAUAAACGGAUUUUUCCUUUUUAAACUUGUCAAAACCAAUAUUGUUAGCAACCUAAUGGGUUUGGCGCCUUUGGCGGUCAGUUAUCGUUUAGUUACCGUGCGUCGUGUGUCAAUGUGUUAUUAAAAAAAAAAUGGCGCCAAAUAAACGACCGCAUAACACAGUUACUCUUGCGGAGAAAUGUAAAAUAUUAGAUUUUCUUGAUAAGGUGGGAAGCAUACGCAGGGUGGCUGAGAAAUUUAAUGUACCAAAAUCAACUGUAAGUGAUAUAAAGAAAAACAAAACUAAAAUAAGAAGAUUUGUGUCGGAGUCAUUCAGUGGAGCAGGUAAAAGGCAGGUUAUCCGAAAGGGAGAACAUCCCGAAGUUGAAGCUGCUUUAUAUAAGUGGUUUCUACAGCAGCGUAGUGCUCAUGUACCUGUUUCUUCUGAUAUCUUACGAACGAAAGCUAAACAAUUUUAUGAAAGAAUAACUGGGAAGAGUGAUUUUUUAGCGAGUUCAGGUUGGCUUGACAAAUUUAAGAAAAGGCACGGAAUACGCUUUCUUAAAGUGUGUGGUGAAAAACUUUCCAGUGAUGUAAGUGCUAUAGUACCUUUUCAAGAAAAAUUUCUAGCUGUGGUUAAUGAAAUGAAGCUAAGUCGUGACCAAGUUUAUAAUGCUGAUGAAUCAGCGGCCUUUUGGAGAGCCUUGCCGGACACUACAUGGGUUCAUAGUCAGGAACAAUCAGCACCAGGGCGAAAAAUAUCUAAAGAUCGCGUAACAUUCAUGCCCUGUUGCAAUGCGGCUGGAACUCAUAAGUUACCCCUUUUAGUUCUUGGAAAAUCCGCAAAUCCAAGGGCAUUUAAGAAUGCUACUUUACCUGUUAAAUACAAGGCAACCAGCAAAGGUUGGAUGACCAGGACAUUGUUCUUCGAAUGGUUUAAGACUUGCUUUAUACCAGACGUCAAACGUUUUUUAUCGGAUGUUAACCGACCUCAUAAAGCAUUAUUACUUGUAGAUAAUGCUCCAUCUCAUCCACCUGAGACAGAAAUAAAUUUCGAUCCUGAUUUCAGAGUCAUGUUUUUGCCGCCCAACUGCACAGCAGUUUUACAGCCAAUGGAUCAAAACUUAAUCCAAAACAUAAAAGUAGCAUAUAGAAAGAGGCUACUAAAUCACAUUAUCGCUCACGAAGGUGACGAUUUAGUUACAGUUUUAAAGCAAUUUAAUUUAAAAGAUGCACUUGUUAAUCUAGAUAUUGCUUGGAAGUUGAUAUCUGAAAAAAAUAUCCAAAAAAGUUGGAUAGCAUUAUGGCCGAACCAAAGAACUGAUGCAGAAGAAGAGGAAUCUGAUGAAGAAAACAUUCCACUUUCAGAACUUCAAAGACGACUUUGUCUCAUAAACGAGGAAGAUUUAAAAACCAUUACCGCUUCCUUGCUUGUGAUAGAUCCUGAAAACAGUUUGAAUCGGGAAGAAAUUGUUGAAUGGGCUUUAGGCAAAAAUGAAGUCAUUGUUGAUUUGACUGAAGAGGAGGUAAUAGGUGAUGCGCUAAAAUCUAAGGAUGCAGAGAGCAAUGAUUUAGAUGGAGAUACUGAGAUUAUUGCCACUAAAGUGAAACACAGCGAUGCUGUGAAAGCAUUAACAUUGGGAAUUCAGUACACUCCACUAGAUAGCAUUUCAAACAUUGGAUCGCCCACUACAAAUUCAAAUGAUACUGAAGAAGAAAAUAGUGGUGUUGGCGAAUCUUUAGAAGUGCAAGUGCGAGAAAAUAUAAACCGUGAAUCAGAAAGCAAGAGACAAGAAAUUGAAGCAGAUUUCGGACGAUUGUAUCCAGAUAAAAAAUUCCACUUACUUAAUCGUUGGAGCAUCUUUUUCAAUAAAGUUUUAGAAUUGAAAAAACCUGAUCUCAAUCUUAGGGAUAUGGUACUGACAGAUAUUCUUUCUCUAUUGGAAAGUUCAGAUGCAGAGUUGUCCGAAGGUAUAUUUUUAUAUUUUCACCGCCUAGAGGAAGGACCAGAGUGGGAAAAACCCACUGGAAAUUUAAUACCAAUGAAUCAGUAG